AUGGCCGCCAUCAAAGAGGAAUUGACGAAAAGCCUUGUAACGCAUGAGAAUGACCUUUGGGAGAUCAACAAGGAGAUCCAUUCCCACCCCGAGCUCGGGUAUGAAGAGAUUCAUGCUCAUAAUACCAUCUGUAACCUGCUAGAAAAGCUGGGCUAUACCGUCACCCGUCAUGCCUAUGGGCUUGAGACCGCCUUUGAAGUCGAGGUGGGUACGGGAGGGGGCCUGAUUGUAUACAAUGCAGAAUAUGAUGCCCUUCCGGAGAUUGGCCACGCCUGUGGGCAUAAUCUGAUUGCAGCGUCCUCGCUAGCUGCCUUUCUCGCCACUGCAGAGGCUGUAAGGGAGCAUAAUAUUGAGGGACGGGUCCGCCUUCUUGGGACGCCUGCUGAGGAGGGAGGAGGUGGUAAGAUUGAGCUUCUUAAAGCGGGUGCCUAUCAGGGCGUAGACGCGUGCUUGAUGGGUCAUCCUGGACCGCGCCAUCAGGGAGAUGGCGUGGUGUUUGCGCGUUGUAUGGCCAGAGCUGGAACUACAGUGACAUUUCAUGGAGUCAACGCCCACGCUGCGAACGCUCCCUGGUUAGGUCGCAAUGCGCUAGACGCUGCAGUGGCAGCAUACACCAGUAUUUCUAUGCUUCGACAGCAGGUCGCACCCAAUCAGCGAAUUCAUGCCAUUAUAGCCAAAGGCGGGGAUAAGGCAAAUGUAAUUCCGCACCUGACGCAGAUUGAAUUAUAUAUGCGCGCGGAGACGGAUACCGAGUUGCAAGAUACUCGUGGACGAGUAAUCGCUUGCUGUGAAGGGGCUGCAAAGGGGGCUGGGUGUACGGUAGACUUUGAAUGGCUAGAAAACUACAAGGACCUCCGCUGCAGCGAUCUAAUUGCGGAUCGCUUCUAUGACCAUUGUCAGGAUCAGAAUUUGAAUUACAUACGGUCUAUCCCUCAGGUGAGCGGUGCUUCAACCGAUCAAGGGAAUGUCAGCUACGCACUUCCUAGUCUGCAUCCCGGUUUCUCGAUUGAUGUAGACAAUCCAACAAUCGGUCCUCAUCAUCCUCUGUUCGAGAAAUCUGCAGGCACGCGGUCUGCGUUUGAUGCCUCUCUGAAGUAUGCCAAAGUGAUGGCGGCCACAGGAUUGGAUAUUUUGCUUGAUAAGGAGCUACGGGGGAAAUUAUGGGCGGAGCACAAGGAGAAAUUUGGAUAUUAG